GAAGUCAGGAAAGCUCUAUGUGAUGAACCGAUUUACCAGCACUGUAAAAAGUGUAUAUUUUAUUAUGAAGUUAUACAUCAUUGUAGUGAUCCUGAGCAUGUUACAUCUACCUUCAGUGGACACACAGGAAGACUACUGGCCUGUUCACACUGCGUGCAAAUCAGAAAAGAUCCAAGUGAUAUACAGGAGCUGUGACCCCAUACAGGAUGUAGGCUUCACACUGAGCUCCUGCUCAGACCUACAGACACAGCUAUAUGUCAAAAUAUCCAUUCUCCUGAGGCAAUCCAUUGAUGAACUUUAUCUAACUGUGGAUUUGGUUCGCAAAGGAGUUAUCAUAACCCGUCAUGAUGAGCCCAUCUGCUUACCCAAUUUCCCUCGUUUCACCUUCUGUGGCAACAGGAGAGGCGAAAUGGUGACAAUCCAGACGCUUUUGAAAGAGACGAAGCUUCCACUAAAGGGCCACUACAACAUUAAUGUACACGUCAUAAACCAAAAUGGUUUCCAAAUUGCUUGUGUGAAUGCCACCGCUAUAUUUCAGUGACACCAGAAAAAGAAUGAACAGGGUCACACUGGGUCCGAAGCCUAUCCAGGCAACACAGACAGGAUGGGAUGCCAGUUCAUCACCGAGGAUCUCUCUCUCUCUCUCU